CAAAAACACUGGUAGUGUUUUCACCGCAUUGGUGAACGGAGCUACCGAAGCUCGCCGACAAUGAAAGAAAACGACUUCGUAAUGAUGAGACAAACGACGAGAUUUCACGCGUUUUCGCAUUCGAAUAUCCAUGGAAUGUUUUGGUUUCGUUUGAUUGGGGAAAAGUUUCGAUGAAGUCAUCUUCGUCUUUAAAAUUUCGUUUCAGAGAUCAUAAGGAAACGGGAGAUUCGAUGGACGGCGGGACCAGUUCGGAGAGUUCGUCGGUGUCCAGUGACGGUGACGAUGAGCUCGAGGUUGAAUCCAUGACUGGGAAGGGUAUUAAGCGGCUCUGUUCAGAACUUGUUGAGCUAAAGAAGGCAUCUGAUGAAGAUUUUCACAAAAGCAUCUUUUCAAAUUAUUCAGCAUUUUUAAGAAUAUUUCAAGAAGUAGAAGGAAUGGAAAAUGAACUGAUGCAGCUGAAACACCAUGUUUCAACACAAAAAAGGCUCAUCAAAGACCUUACAUAUGGCAUAUAUUUAGACCUUUUAUCCAAGGAGACCAUAGAGUCAAUUAUUAAAGAACCUGUUUGUGCUGAGCAAUCUCCUCUGAGCACAUUAGAGGCUCAUACCAUUGAUGUUUCAGAAACGCUAGACACUUUUUUGUCAGAAUACAGGUUAGAUGAAGCACUGACAAUUCUAGAAAUGGAGGCUGAGACCUUUUUAAGGAUGCAGUUGGAAGAGAGUUAUCCACCAGAUAUGUUGAUGUCUUAUAACUCUGCAAUGUCAGAGAGGAAGGCCCUUCUUGCAGAUCAAUUGAUCCUAGUGGCUGAAAAUCCAAGAGUAGCUGCACCAGAACUUCAAAAGGCACUAGUUGGACUUUGCAGACUUGGUCACAGUCAUUAUGCAACUAAGUUAUUGCUUAAAUAUUACCAUACACGUCUUGCAACUGGAAUACAUAAUUUCCAACAUUCAAAAUCAUUGCCCCAUGGAGCAUACAUUAGGGUUCUUGCAAAGUUUGUAUUUUCUAUGAUUUCUCAAGCAGCAAAGAGUUUUGUGGUGUUAUAUGGAGAAACUUCUCCCUAUGCCUCAGAACUUAUUCAAUGGGCCUGUGAAGAAACCCAAAUAUUUAUUUCUUGUUUCAUUAAAUUUGUUACAUCGAUCUCAGAAAUAAGUGGUGGAUUGUCCACAGCAGUAGAGGCUGUGCAGUUUGCACUGUCAUAUUGUUCUUUGUUAGAAACUCAGAGAAUAGUGUUGUGCCCUUUCUUCAUCAAGCAUGUUCGCCCUUUCAUGGAAGAGGCUUUACAAAUUCGUAUUGAGCAUUUUAAGAAAGUCAUUGCUAUUUUUGCAGCAACGGAUGCUUGGGAUUUGGGUAGAUAUCUUGUAUCAGGAAUUUUAAAUGAAGAGUGCCCUUCUAUGGCUGUUGGUCAACAACCAAAAUAUUGUCUGCUCACUAACAGCGGCAGGAAGUUUGUAACAUUAUUGCAGGCUAUCACAGAGGAUGUUUCCCCAUUGGUUUCCCUUCAAAUGGAAGGUCCAAUACUCAGAGGACUCACAGACCUCUUUAUGGUUUAUAUUGCUAGUCUUGAAAGGGCGAUCACCUGUCAAACAGGUGGUUCAAUAAUCAAUUUGGCUGUGUCGCUGCAACAGCAAGUUUCUGUUUUAGCUAAUAUAUCAACACUUGUACAUUUCUUCUCCAGCAUCAUCAAAAGCAUCUUCAAGAGCAUCAGUAACUUUAAUUGUGAGCUAAUGGAAACCCCUUUAGUUGGUUGUGAACAGAAAGAUCUUGCCUUGCGUCUGCUACUUAUUCAAGAGGCAUCUGAUCAGCUCAGAGCUAGCUUUUGCCAGCAAUUUAUAUAUAGAAUGUCUCCAGAAAGUGGCUGUAGACUGACUCCAGAAACUUGUGGUAUCAGUUAUGGUGAUUUUAAUGUGUUUCAUGACAUGAUACCCUCUGUUGUCUUACAGGUAUUGUUUUUAGAAUUGAGGAAACUGGAAAGGCUUACUGAAGGCAACACUGAAAUGGAGUGGUUGAUGGAGUUAUUGAAAGCACUGAUGGAGGCCAGGUUUGCUUGGACUUUGAACAACCAAGAUAUCUGGACCACCAGUGAAGAUGAUUUGAUUGUUCAACAUCCUGGAAACUUUAAGCAGUUUGUUUUGGACAUCCAAUUCCUAGUUGAAAUUGCAAGGUAUGAAGGAUACCUCUCCAAUAACAUAAUGAAUGCCUCAGUGGAUGUUGUAUCUCGCAUGGAAUCGGUCUUCCUUUCUGCUGGAUUGGAUCCUAGAAGAGAUUUAGAUGAGGAUGAUGGAUGGGCCACAAAGGCUGCCACUGAAACUAUUCAAAGGCUAGUGGAGAUGAAAACAGAGUUGCCUCCAAAUGAAGAAACUACUGCUGUUCGUGAAGGAGCAUCAGAUGAAAACCAAUCUGUGUACGCCACCGACUCUUGUAAGGAUGAUGCCAGUUCUUGCAAGGAUUCUCUAGAAUCUGAGGUGAAUGCUGCAGCCAUAGGCGCAACAGAAGUUGGAAUUAACAAAGGAGAAGUACUUGAUAAAGAACUUGGCCCUCACCACACGCCCUUGGGUUUUCUUGAAGAGGAGGGUGGCUCAUAUGAUAGUAGUGUUAUACAUGCAACAAACAUUGUAGCAUCGGAAGAUAUGGCUGAAAUACCUGACCCAGAGAGAACCAAAGUCCAUACCACACUGGUUUCCACAGGCAUAGUAGGGGAGAGUUCCACGGCUGAGCUGCCCAUUGAAGAAGGAAAUCACAACCAUUGUAGUGGCUCCAGCUUGGCAAUUAACAAGCCAGAUAUGAGCAGAGAAGAAAAAUCCCCAGGAAGCCAAGUUACAGAAGAUUCUGUGGAACUACAGGACCAAAUAUGCUGAUGCAUAAACAACUAGCGAAGCUGGCAUUAGUGGUUAAGCAUACAAUCAGUUUUUAAGAAUAAGCUUCUGCUUAAUAUUUUGCUAUUCUAUGAUAUGACAAUAAAGUAAAAUGAGCAGAUUACUUUUAUUUUUGUUUGAUUCUAUAAU